ACUUGAAACGUGUAGAUGUUUGUCUUCCACAACCAACCAAAUCGGAGUGCCGGGCGUCGCGAGUGAAACCGUGAACGUGAAAAACGACGAAUCAAGAAGAAUUGGAAUUGUGUGACAACGAACAAACGAACGAACGAACCGAAAAAAAAGAGGUGUCUAAAAAUAUACGCGGCACUGCCGAUGCCCCCAACCGUCAUCCGAAUGCCGGUCGCCGGAGGAGCACGUGGUGGCGGAGGUCAUUUCAACGAAGCCCAAAACCGCGGUCUGAAGGUGGGAUGCUGUCGGGUUUGUACCUGUUUGAAUUUGGAUUUUUUCAUGUCCAAGAACGGUAUCCUAAAAAUCUUCGAGAUCAUUUUGGGGUCGUUCUGUCAGACGCUGUUGAUUCAGUUCGGCAUGGAUUCGGCAAAGGAUAUCGGUGAAGCGUUCCACGGGUUCCUGACGACGGUGUCGGCCUGUCUCACGACGACGACGAUUCUGCUGCUGUGCUAUGCGAUCUCCUCGCGGUCCUUUCACCUGGUGCGCCAGUCCAUUUUCGAAGUGAUGUACAACGGGAUAGCCUGUUUCAUGUACUUGAGUGCUUCGUCCUACCUGGGCUUUGCAGUGAACGUUUGGCUCUACCCCAAAUUUCUACUGUUCAAAUCAACGGGAGCAGUUCACAGUGCCUAUCCGGCGAUGACGGCUGUUUAUGUAAGAGAGUCUAAUCACAUAAAAAACAUUAGAAUAGAUCGUUUUAAUUCUUUUUUGAUUUUUUUCAGUACAUGGGAUCUAUCGUAGGAAUCGUUUACGGAAUGGACGCAUUUGUAUCUUAUCGCUAUUUGAAGGGAUAUUCAUAGGAACAAACUGACUAAGACCGACUGCUGUAGUUAUUUAUUUUCAUAUUAUCUAAAGUGCAAUAUUAAUUUUAGUGUGUAAAAAUCAACUAGGUAACUAGGCAUAUAUUUGUACUAGCAUGAAUAUUACCAGGUAUGCAUUUAUUUUGACAAAAAAUAACAAAAAAACGCUGAAAGAAA